CAUUUUGUUGAUGAAUAAUAUUUUUUUGCAAAACCCAACAAGCAAAGUUGUCUGUUUCAUUGAAAACAAACGAAGUGAGUGCGAAGCAUAAACAAAACAAAAAGAGAUCAUUACAAAAGAUAAGAAAACUAAUUUAUCAUCCAACAAAUAUUAACAAUUUAACGAAAUAUCGUUGCAAUUAAGGAUUGUGUGUGUGGUAAUUUUCACACUUGAAAAAGGCAAGUUUUUUUAAUCUCGAUUUGAGAGACAUUAGUGAUGGACAGUCAGGCUCCAGCCGAUGGACACUUAUUAGACAUUGUUGACAAUAAGUGGCGCGAAGAAGAGUUGCCGUUCGAUCAGAUUUUGGUACCUGCUGAUAAAUUGCCUGAUCCCGAAGCGGAUGGUGGUGAUUCACACUUGACCCUUAGCGAACAGGAACAAAAAUGGACUGAUUUAGCACUGGGUUCUUUGGCGCCAGAAUCUUCGUUGAAUGACCAACUUAAUCUUACAACAUUCUAAAGA